AGGGCCUGUGAGGGCUCAGAAUAGAACUCUGUGUGAGAGAGAGUUGGGGGAAAGGGGCGGGCAAGUACACUACGGUACCCCCUUCUUAAGGAACAGACAGCGGAAAACCAUUCGGUAUGGAUAUGUGUUUGUGACUUUUUACAUUUUGUACUUGGUAGCGAAUUACAUUGUGGUUUUGAUGGGAUUUAAUUGGACGGGAGCAACACACAGCUUGGUUUGUACAGUUGUAUAGUUGUAUUCAGUAGUGUAUUGGUAAUAUUGGUUGGGUCUGGUGAGGCAAGGCCUGUUGAGUACACUUGUUGUUGUUGAGAAUCAAGUUUAGGCCUACUUAUCGCCAUUGACUAUAGCUGUUGAUUUGUUACUUACCAGUGUUUGUGCUUGCUUGGUAUCUUCAGCUCUUCAUAGAAAAGCAAGGAAUAUUUGUUCAACAGCUGUGUAGUACAAACCAUUAUGGGCCUCUUGCUGUUAUUAGUUAGUAAAGAGAACAACAUAUACAUGUAUUGACUAUGUAAAAUGAGUUACUGUAAAUAUACCGUUUUUUUGGGAAGAGACCUAUUUUAGCAUGAAGUUGCCGUGAUACAUUCCUGACUAUUUACCUUGUUGAGUUUUGCAGAUAAAUUGCGUACUUCAAAUUUGUACAUUGACUUGAAAACCGUUAGCUGUACUCUACAAAUGUGGAUCCAUUGCACAACAGGCUACACAAAGGACUACACAAAGAAGUAUGACUCCUAUUGGCCUAGGGUUUUGAUUAGAAAGGAGAGCCCUUAUUGGUCAUCAUGUCUAUACAAGAAGGCCCUGGACAGGUCCUGAUGUGGGCCCCUUGCCCCUUGUGAGUUUGUUUUGUCCUGAUUGAUCUCCUGAUCGAAGUAUUUGUAGAUUAUUUAAAAAGGUUCAGAUCUGUAUCCCUUGUUUUGAAUACCAAUCUUCUUGUCCCUAGAUCCAACAAUACUCUACAUGUACUCUUUGGCAUCACCUUAUCAUUCUUUCAUGGCAAAUCAAUGUCAAUCACCUCUCCUCACCCUCUUCCUCUUUUCUUCUCCUUCUCUGUCUGUCUGUCUGUCUGUCUGUCUGUCUGUCUGUCUGUCUGUCUGUCUGUCUGUCUGUCUGUCUGUCUGUCUGUCUGUCUGUCUGUCUGUCUGUCUGUCUGUCUGUCUGUCUGUCUGUCUGUCUGUCUGUCUCUCUCUCUCUCUCUCUCUCUCUCUCUCUCUCUCUCUCUCUCUGUCUCUCUCUCUCUCUCUCUCUCUCUCUCUCUCUGUCUCUCUCUCUGUCUGUCUCUCUCUCUCUCUCUCUCUCUCUCUCUCUCUCUCUCUCUCUCUCUCUCUCUCUCUCUCUCUCUCUCUCUCUCUCUCUCUCUCUCUCUGUCUCUCUCUCUCUGUCUGUCUGUCUGUCUGUCUGUCUGUCUGUCUGUCUGUCUGUCUGUCUGUCUGUCUGUCUGUCUGUCUGUCUGUCUGUCUGUCUGUCUGUCUGUCUGUCUGUCUGUCUGUCUGUCUGUCUGUCUGUCUGUCUGUCCUGUCUGUCUGUCUGUCUGUCUGUCUGUCUCUCUCUCUCUCUCUCUCUCUCUCUUUCUCUCUCUCUCUCUCUCUCUCUCUCUCUCUCUCUCUCUCUCUCUCUCUCUGUAUCUUUCUCACAGAAUGGAGGACCAGGACAGAAUGAGUCAUGCCUCAAGUGUGGUAACAAUCUCUUCUUUUCCUGUCAGAAGCAAGGUUUGUCUCUCAUGUCCUGAACCACCUCUACUUAGUCUCUGUUUAACAAACUCAACGCUCAUUGACACUACCGAACAUCAUGAAGAUCAACAUUUACUGAGGUUAUUUUAUCAGCACCGUUAUCAAUGAUCCUCUCUCAAUCUCUUACAGGACGGUGAUGACAGGGUACAAACGUUUGGGAAGAGAUGUAGGGCGGCUAAGAGAGACCCCAACUGCCCCGUGGUGAUUAGAGGUUGGCUCAAUAAGAAGGUACUGUUCAGUAAACAUAACAUCCUAUAUCAUGUUUUGAUCACUGCAAGGUAGCAAUUAAACAGGCUUUGUAUUGAAUGUGGAUGUAAUACUUUCGGUAACAUGAAUAAGCCAUUAAUGCUUGUAAAUGUUUAUUAAUGCUUAUAACUGCUUCAUACAUGAUUAUACUUGUCAUAAAUGCUUAUGAAUUUUAAAGCUUAUAAUUCUUAUAAAUGCUUUGCCCCAUGUAGGACAGCUCUGGACUGAAACUGUGGAAAAGAAGAUGGUUUGUCCUGUCUAACUACUGUUUAUUCUACUACAAAGGCAAGCAAAAAUAUUGUUGUUGUGUGUACCGUACAUAAAUAGUGCAGUUUUCUCUAGCUUCUCUCAUCUUGUUUUCUCCGUCAACUCUUUCUCUUCCAGACAGUAGAGAAGAAUCUGUUUUGGGUAGCAUCCCACUACCUAGCUACAACAUUCUCUUCUGCACACCGCGAGAAUGCAAGAACAGAAAAAAUACUUUCAAAGUAAAUAACGAAGUAUACGUUCCACUUUUCACUAUGUUGACCGUAUGUUCAGUACAUGUAUGUGUUUAUACUGUAUACACAGUAUAUGGGUUUGUGUAUACUGUAAAUUAAUGUAUUAAUAUGAUAUUAGGUGGUGCACCAGGGAAUGCGCUCCUACUUCUUCAGUGCAGACACGCAGGAGGAUAUGCUAGGCUGGGUCAGAGCACUCAGCCAGUCUGCCUGUAUGGAAGCAGACAGCUCCAUCAACAGGUAUAUGUAAAGCUCUAUUUAACACUUCUUCAUCUUUGGAUUUCCCUAAAUAAAACCUUUAUAUUAUAAUUAUUAUAAUAAUAACAUAGGACUCAGUUAGAACUGUAUUUUAUUUUAUUAUAAAGAGGAUAUAAUCCAGUCAUAAUGCUAAAAAAAAAGUAUAUACAUUUUUCUCAUUCUCUCAGGCGUUGCUCGAGUUAUCAGGACUUCACGCAGAUAGGUGGCAGCAGUGAGUCUGUGGAUCUGCCUCAUUCCUCCUCUCUCCGAGGUCCCGAAAAUGCUGCGCACACCAACACAUCACAGAUGAAACAAAGUCAGGUCACCAGGGGGAGAAUGAGGACACCACAUUCGGAACCAAGAGGGAGGCGGAGCGUGCGACGAAGGUAGAAUAGGAGGACUUUGGCAUCUGUCACUAUCUCUGUCACCAAUCACAUUUAGAAAGUCACACAGUUAUUUUGGGGGAAUUGUCUUAGAGGGGUGGUGACUUUGGCAUUCUGUGCUAUUUUCUCUCUUGUAUACUUAGCCCAUCGCCCAGAACACCCAGCCCAAUAGAGUUUAGCAGCAGAAGGACAGAUGAGGAUUUCCUCCCCUUCCAUUCUGGUCCUAACACACCACCCAGGCUCACAGAAUUUAUGGGGACCGGUUCUUUGACCCCCAGAGGUCAAUUGGGAUCGCGACCCCACACACCAGUGGGGCGGGUUGACAUUCGACCCCAGGAUGAUCCUCCCAUGAUGCCACAGAACCUGUGUUAUGCCCCUGCAUCUCCCAAGCUGGAGUUUAAGUCCGCCCCCCACACUCCAGGGACUGAGAGAUGGCAAACAAUCAACAGAGUGAGGCGGAUACGAUUCUAUGACAAUACUUAUAAAUGUUUAGAUGCUGGGUAGAGACUCAAAUAAUAGAAGGAUUCAUGAGUAUGUGGUGUAUUAUUGUGACAAGGUAAAACUAAAAUGUAGACAAGAUAAUAUAUUUAAAUAGGAAGUUAAUUAAGGUUGGGAUUAAGGUUGGGUUUUUAAUUAUUUCAUUAUCUCAAUCUUCAUGUUGCUUUUUUCCCCUAGCCCACGCCUGUAUAUUCCUCCCUCCACCAUAUUCCAAGUGGACGAAGAGCUUUAGGAAAGGUACAGUACAGUGUGAAUAUACAAAGAAUUUGCACAACAGAGCAUAAUCUCCUUAUAUACAGUAUACAUCAACAAAGAAUAUCCACUGUCUGUACACAGAAAGUUAAUACAUACCUACAGUAUGUAAUUGUAAUAACAUAAUUUAUCAUAGUGUAUUUAUAGGAAAAUAAUUGUAUAACUUAAUUGUAUAACUUAAUUGUAUAACCAUCAUUAUUAGCAUGUGGGACCUUCUAUAAUAAGCCAUGUUAUUGCAUAUUACCUGUAUAUCUCUACAUUCUUAAUUACGUAUUGUAUUGUAUAUCUUUUUGCCCUGUUUCUCUAUUCAGAGCUACUCCACAAGGGGGCAAACAGACUUAUUACCCCCUUUGCCCCCAUCUUCAAGAGUUCCCCAUGCUCCUCACCCCCCACACCACCACCAUCACCACCACCAUCACCAUCGCAGCCAUAUGUCUGUCUGUCUGCUUCCGCCACCUAUGGUACAACCCGUCAGUCUGUGGUCUGUGUUUGACUAGCUUUUUAUGUUGUUACUUGUUAAUGUUGUGUUUUGUCUGUAGCACUUCAGAUUACAAUAUACCAUGGACUUGUAACUUAGUACCUGCACUGCUGACAAGUUAUACAAAUAAUGACACUUGACUUCCACAUAUUUAGGGGAACACUUACAUGUUCAGUACUAUUAAAGGGAUAGAUGAACUAGUGGAUACCAUUUUUAUGUCUCUGUGUGCAGUUUGAAGGAAGUUGCUAUCUAGAGUUUGCGCAAUUGCUAAUUUACGUUAGUGCAAUGACUGGAGGUCUAUGGAACAGCUAGCAUCCUAGAGAGAUGUUUGCCUUCUGUCCGUCCUGUUUGUUGUUGUCUAGCUACUGUCGAGUGAGUGCUAUAACUGUAAACUGUCUUGUCUAGUGAUAGCCUUUGUGUUCUGCAUUUUUCUAUUUUUUCUAUCUUUGUUUGUCAUAUACAUUGUUUGACAAUUAUGUGUUUUCUGUUGUUUAUGCGACAUGUAGCUAGCUACGGUAUUGGCAACAUGAGGCUGUUGUAGCUUCAGUAUGUUCAAAUCAAUGUGAUGUUGGUGAUUAUGAAAUGAAUUGCCUACUACACUCUGUUGAGGUCAAAGGUUAUGUUUCAACACAAUUACAUUUCUGCAAAGUAGAAUAAUGGCAGUAACUAUACAACCUUUGUUUUUUCAUGCACUAUAAAGCAUGUAUCAACGACUGUAGAGUUCAUGGGCAAACUCAUUUCAUAAUAAUUGAACUUAGAGACAUACUGUAUCUGAACGUAUAUCUUGUCUCAAAAAUAUUUAGAUGUUUUGUGUAGCUUCACGAGACGAUGGCUCAACAAAAUACAAAAAGAAAAUACUCACUCAAGAAAACUGAUUCAAAACCCAAACACGUACAUUUUAGUAAUUUAGCAGACGCUCUUAUCCAGAGCGACUUACAGUUAGUGAGUGCAUACAUAUUCUUUUUAUUUUUUUAUUACAUUUUUUAUACUCGCCCCCCGUGGGAAACGAACCCACAACCCUGGCGUUGCAAGCGCCAUGCUCUACCAACUGAGCUACACGGGGCCCACACAUGUACACACAUACAAGGAUAUUCUUUACCCAAGGAAGUGUCCUAGUCGAUCACCUGAUUCCCUUUUAUUCAAGCUGGGCUGUAGCACAUUUGGGUACACUUUCUAAUGUACACGCAUACAUUCCAUUAUUCACAAGGAACUCGUACGUGAUACCAUGUGCGAUUUGGGAUUUUAUUUGAGUUAUAGGAGGAAGUGUAUCAAAACCAGUAUGAAAAUCUAAUUGGUUAGAUCAUGAGCUGUCAUGAACUCUCUGCUUACAGCCUGCCAAGUCCGAGCAGUUCAAAGAGAGAGAGACGCCACCACCCGUCAGACCUCUUGAGAGUGAAACAGAUGUAAGAAUAUUUGUAUUUGUGCCAUUUAAUGAAAUGCAGUCAAUAUAUCCUUCUUAUUGUUUCAACGUUUUCUAUAUUUUAUUUUUUCACUAAUUGAACCAUAGCCGCGGGGAGAAGGGGUGCUGAGGGUGAUACUUUUUUACAAUAAAAACGAAUAAUUAAACUAGAAAAAAAUUAAUGUCCACAAACUGUGUAAACUAGGCCUUUAUUACUCCUGUAUUAGUAGAUAAAUAAUUGUCAGCACCCCCCCAUCCCGUUGUAAAAAAAUAUUCCUCAGCACUCCCCCUCCAUAUUGAACUGUGUUUGAUUGUUUAACUGUUUUUUUUUUUAUUGUGUUAGGCUGUGCUGACUAGACUUUGUGGUUGUGACAAGCUUCUCCAGUCUCUCUCUCUAGAGCUGGCCCAUCUACAAGUUGACAAGGUCCGUACCUUCAGCUUACAGUUUCCUUUCCAUAGCAUACACAUUGUUCUCACUUUUCUACUAUACAACAAUAGUGAAUAUUGUUGUUAUUCACUCAACACUUCACACAAACUUUGUCUUGACUUUAUUGACUGUGUAGUCAAUGGCUUAAUCUGGUGACAUUUUCCAUUAUAGCACCUAUUGUAGCUCCGCAAACUUCUACCUUUGGAAGCUUCUACAAUCCUUUCCUGUAUUACGAUGGUGUACAGAGUAUUGGGUAAACUUUUUCCCUCUCUUAUAGGACAGUGUCCAGUGCACCUUAGAGAUGACCAGGCUGCAACUGGACGAGUGGAGGAACCAAGGACUCCGAGGACAGGAAGGAGCACUCACCCAGAAGGCUUUGCUCCAGGAAGAACUGGUCACUAUCCGAGCAAGGAUGUGUGACGUCUCAUUGGUGAUGGAACUGCUACCUUUUUUUUACUAAUUGUUUAUGAUUGUAUGAUGUAUUAGUGUUGAACAAUAAUGCAUUGAUAUCCAUAUCAGCAAGAUCAUAUUAUGAACCUAAACUUGAUUUCUUAAUCCCUAAUUGAAAUAUAUUUGUUUACUUUUUGGUACAGGAAAUGGAUAGAGUGUGGAGCCAGUAUGAGAGGAUGGAGAGUGAGCUGUCUGUGUUCCGAUCACACCUGCAGCACGUCUGUAAUUUCGGGAUGCCACAAGUAUAAACUCCUCAGUUUUAUCACACUUCACAGAUUGUCUUGUUCUCUCACAACAUUUAUUUUAAUAGAAUGUUCUUUAAUUGGAUUUAGUACACUGCAACUCAUUAAAUGUUUCCCAUACCCAUAAUGGUCGGUUUCACCCACAUAAGGUAUAUUCCUGUCAGGGGCAGAACUUUUACUAGGGACGGGGACGGGGACGACGGUCCGCCCAACAUUCUGAAAUUGAAUUUUUGUCCCAGUCCAGUUGUAUUAUUUCAUAGUGAUACAAAAAGCACCGCCAGCAUGCUUUAAAACCAAAAAAUGUAGAAUAUGUAUUGAUCUUCUGUUCUAAGAAAGAUGAAAUACACAAUGAUUUCCUGAUGAUCUUCCUUCUUCUUUCCUGAACUUUCCAAUACCUGUCAGAUGCAUUUCAAUCACUUCAAAGCAUACUUCAUUCCGACUGCAAUUUGGCAUUACCUGAUUAGACAGAUAUUUGUGUUAUUUAUAAGGCCAGAAACAAAGGUUUUUACACACUGUUUCAGAUACCCCCAUGUGUCCUUAAAUAGACAGUAAAAUAGUGUGAUGGUCCAUGUUAUCACUAUCAUAAAACAAAUAUGUGUUAAUAGGAUAGUAAUAUAAAACAGCAAAUGCUUAGUAUUCAGAGGAAUGUACUGUAUUGCAGCAUUGUAACGGUCUGCCACAUCUGGCUCUCACCAUCCCUAAAAAGUGGUUAUCAAUCAAAGCCCUAAUACAGGUGCUUGUUAAACCUGAUAGACCAAUGUCAUCACAAAAUGCAGUCUAAAUCACAUGAAUCAGCCAAGAACUCCUCCUUCAGAUAAAGGCCUGUGUAGCUCCUGUUCUGAGCUCAUUCUUUGAUGAUAUGCUGAGGGUAUGAAACUAGCUUAAAUGUUGUUCCAGGGCUAAGGGGUUUCAAUGGGUGUUUUGAGGGGACCAAAUACAAAGUUAUCUGCACUUUUUUGGACUUCUAUUUUUCCAUGUACCCUGAAAGAAGUCUAUGGGGCCAGGAAAAAACUGUCAUCCACGGUUUUGUUUUGUUUCAAAAGCCACGGCUAACUUGGGGACAAGAUAGGGGCAAGUUCACCAUGUUCAAAGUUGCAUGACCAAAUCAACUCAAAGACUUGGUUUGAAGUUACUUAGAAUUGAGUCGGCCUUUGAACUACCUUUGACCUAGUUCGGUCUUUCAUCAAUCAUCAAAAUUAUUAAUAUUAAACAUGCUCUUACCUAGCUUGAUGAAUGUGGCCAUUUUUGCUUGUUUUUGUUAUUCUAAAAGUAACUGGUUAGAAGGGCCAUGGGUCAUGUAAAAUUGUGUAGGAAAACCAAAGUUCCUCUCACCCGUCCCUCCUCAGGAGCAGUCCCAGGCCCAGAGAGAGCUGUGGAUGAUGGACGACAUCCUCUCUGGACUCAGGGUCAACAGGGAUAACUUCAGGGUCCUGCUGGGCUUGCAGAGGCACACAGGUAACUGUCAGAAACACUCAUACUAUGUCUGAACAUUUGUUCAUAUUACUUAUGCUUAGGAAUGAAUAGGGUAUGUACACAUUGAAAAUGGGAACAACCAGAGGCAGAUAUAUAGAGAUACAGUGUAUCAACUUAUUCUCUUCACCUCUUGUGUGUCUUUUCUAAGUUCCCACAGGAGUAUUCCAGAAGUCAUCCUCCCACCCGGGGACACCUGGAUCUCCAACAGAGAGGAUGCCGAGUGGAUUGCCAAUGGUACGACUACCAUAAUACAAUACCAGUGCCCUAGUAGGUUACUAUAGUGCUGUGGAAUGAUACCAGUUCAGAGUGGGGUCUCUGCUCGAUGUCAAUAUAUCCAAAGGAAUAUUGGAUAAGGCAUAUAAUUCAAUGUUCUUAUAAGGGUGCUGUUGGUGUAAUGAUACCGAACAAUAAGCUUUGAUUGGUUAAUGAUGUUUAUGAUUUCGUCAGGAGGUGGAAUCAGAGCCUCCAGCCCGCCCCCCUUUACCUCAGGAGCUCCAAGACACCAAUCAGGGAAGAGACCAGGGGCAUGUGUGGAUGGAUCCGAACUAUGAGGUGAGUAUAGAGAGACAUUGGUUGCACCCUGAUUUUCUACCCUUGUCCCAAAUUGUGCACUUUCACUCCAUUUUGUAGAUUAAGCAAUAGUGGAAACUCCCUCCAGCUAAUGCUUACACCAAUUCUUAAAUCCAUGACACCUAGGGUGCAUGCGCACACUUUGGGAGAAGGGUAGAGGAUCAGGACGCAACCAUACUGCUAAUAACACUCUGAAUUCUCAACAAUGACACAGUAAACAUCUCUGUUGCAUCCAUGAUCCCUGUGUAUGUACUCCAGGGCAUCUACAGUGGCCCAGUAGAUCCAUUGGACAGAAGAGGAAACAGCCAGUCUGAUCUCCAUGGUGACAGGACACAGAGAGAGACAUCAGGUAGCUAGUAUGAUAUGGAGUUUAUGACUAUGUCUAUGUCUAUACUUUAACUACCAUACCUACACUCUUAGAAAAAAAGGUGCUAUCUAGAACUUUAAAAGGUUAUUCGGCUGUCCCCAUAGGGAGAACCCUUUGAAUAACCCUGGUAGUCGUAACCCUUUUUGGUUUCAGGUAGAACCCUUUUGGGUUCUAUGUAGAACUAUUUCCACAGAGGGGUGCUACCUAGAACCAAAAAGUGUUCUCCUAUGGGGACUGCCGAAGAACCCUUUUGGAACCCUUUUUUCUAAGAGUGUACCGGUAUGGUAUAACUAUGGCAAACAGCAGCAUAGACUUACUGAUCAUGUAAUUGUCUUGAAGACAAUCGUCCCUUCUGAUGGUGGUACAUUGUACUGUAUUUUCCUUGUCAGGUUUUCUUCACGUUAUCAAUUACUCUUUCUUAUAUACUCCUUUUCCCUCUCUCCCUCUAUCUCUGUCAAACACAGAAUCUCAGUCUAGUUCAAGAUGGUCCACAGCAGACACCACAAAUAAAGUAAGAUUGUGUAAUUAAUCUACGUCUCCACCAUUUGCAACUUUUUCAAAUGCAAAUCACUUGAUGGAAUACAAAUACAGUAACUGACAGAUAUAUUUCCUUUAAAUCAAAGCCAAAUGCAUUUUCUUUUAGCAAGUUGACAUUUAUUGUCAUGAGUCUUGCCUGUAGGUAGGACUGGGUGGUUUCCGCUAGAUGGGCCAGCUGCAAAGUCAAAAUGGGCUAUAUCAAAAAAUUCAUGAAAAAAAGAGCUUUUUAGUCUUCAUUUAAGGUUAGGGUUAGGCAUUACGGUUAGUAGUGUGGUUAAGGUUUACAUUUACAUUUGAGUCAUUUAGCAGAUGCUCUUAUUCAGAAUGACUUACAGUAGUGAGUGCAUACAUUUUUCAUACUAUUCCAUACUAGGAAUUAAACCCACAACCCUGGUGUUGCAAGCACCAUGAUUUUAAACCUUAUGGUUAAGGUUAGGUUUAAAAUACAAUUUUAUUACUUUGUGGUUGUCUUGAUCAGAUUCUUCACAAUUAGGGCAUGUUGCAAUAUCCCUUACAGUCAACAGAGGGAAGCAGAGACACACGGCUCACACGGCUCCCUUACAGUCACCCUAUUCUCCUCUUCCUCUUUUCUUCUCCUUCUCUGUCUGUCUCUUCUCUCUCUCACUCUCUCUCUCUCUCUCUCUCUCUCUCUCUCUCUCUCAUCGCUCCUCUUCUUCUCUCUCUCUCUGUCUCUCAUACUCUUCUCUCUCCUCUCCUCCUCUUCUCUCUCUCUCCUCUCUCUCUCUCUCUCCUCUCCUCAUCUCUCCUCUCCUCUCUUCUCUCUCUCUCUCUCUCUCUCUCUCUCUUUCUCUCUCGCUCUCCCUCUCACACACACACAAUAUCACAUAUUUUUUAUUUGCCCUAUUACUGAUGCAUGCUCUGGCAUUCUCUGGCAUUCUCAGUCAUUCCGGCGACCAGUCCAUUUUUGCACACACGACAACCAUUACUUCCAUUCAUUCUGUGCAUUGGAGUCAUACACGUUGUACUAAAGCAUAAUUGUUUCCUCAGAAGGGGAGGAUGAGUGAAGAGGAGCAGAUUGAGAGGAUGAGGAGACACCAGGAAAGGGUAGCCAGUCGGAGGAAACCGCCCAUGUCCGGUCCCACGACCCAAACUCAGUAUCAAAGUUCAGAACCGAAAGAAGAGGUUGGUUCUAUGAGGAUUAGUGUGUAAUGGACUUAUAUAUGAUCCAUGUAUGUAAACCUAUGAUCCAACAUUGUAUGGAUAUAUACAGUACACUAAGUAUACCAAACAUUAAGGAACAACUUCCUGAUAUUGAGUAGUACUCCCCCCAUUUGCCCUCAGAACAGCCUCAAUUCAUCUGGGAAUUGGCUCUACAAGGUGUCGAAAACAUUCCACAGGGAUGCUGGCCUAUGUUGACUCCAAUGCUUCCCACAGUUGUGUCAAGUUGGCUGGAUGUCCUUUGAGUGGUGGACCAUUCUUGAUACACACGGAAAACUGUUGAGUGGGAAAAACCCAGCAGCGUUGUAGUUCUUGACACAAACUGGUGCGCCUGGCACCUACUAUCAUACCCCGUUCAAAGGCACUUACAUUUUGUCUUGCCCAUUCACCCUCUGAAUGGCACACAUACACAAUCCAUGUCUCAAUUGUCUCAAGGCUUAACAUCCUUCUUUAACCUGUCUCCUCCCCUUCAUUUACACUGACUGAAGUGGAUUUAACAGGUGACAUCAAUAAGGGAUCAUAGCUUUCACCUGAAUUCACCUGGUCAGUCUAUGUCAUGGAAAGAGCAAGUGUUCUUAAUGUUUUGUAUACUCAGUGUAAAUAUACUGUAUGCAAAUAUGAAGAGUUUAUUCCAAGACGGUAUAUAUCCACAGAAAAUUUAAAAAAAAUGUUUUAUUAAUAAUAUGAGAUCUGUGUGUAAAACAUUUACAUUUGACAUUUUAGUUAUUUAGCAGAUUCUCUUAUCCAGAGCGACUUACAGUUAAUGCAUUGAUUUUAAGAUAGCUAGGUGAGACAACCACAUACAGUGCCUUCGGAAAGUAUUAACACCCCUUUACUUUUUCCACAUUUUGUUGUGUUACAGCCUGAGAUUUUGUGUCACUGGCCUACACACAAUAACCCAUAAGUGGAAUAAUGUUUUUAGAAAUGUUAACAAAAUAAUUAAAAAUGUAAAGCUAAAAUGUCAUGAGUCAAUAAGUAUUCAACCCCUUUGUUAUGGCAAGCCUAAAUACGUUCAGGAAUAAAUAUUUGCUCUAAAGGAAAACUGCAAAAAAUUAACUUUCUUUCCUGAAUAUAAAGCGUUAUGUUUGGGGCAAAUCCAACACAACACAUCACUGAGUACCACUCUUCAUAUUUUCAAGCAUGGUGGUGGCUGCAUCAUGUUAUGGGUAUGCUUGUCAUCGGCAAGGACUAGGGAGUUUUUUUUUGGGGGGGGGGUAAAAAAAUGGAAUAGAGCUAACCACAGGACAAAUCCUAGAGGAAAAACCUGGUUCAGUCUGCUUUUCAACAGACACUGGGAGACAAAUGCACCUUUAAGCAGGACAGUAACCUAAAACACAAGGUCAAAUAUACAAGGGCCUCCCGAGUGGUGCAGCGGUCUAAGGCACUGCAUUGCAUUGCUAGAGGUGUCACUACAGACCCGGGUUCGAUCCCGGGCUAUGUCGCAGCCGGCCGCGACCGGCAGACCCAUGAGGCGGCGUACAAUUGGCCCAGUGUCUUCCGGGUUAGGGGAGGGUUUGGCUGGCCGGGAUGUCCUUGUCCCAUCGCGCUCUAGCGACUCCUUGUGGUGGGCCGGCACAUGCACGUUGACUUCGGUCGCCAGUUGUAUGGUGUUUCCUCCAACACAUUGGUGUGGCUGGCUUCUGGGUUAAGCAAGCAGUGCGGCUUGGCAGGGUUGUGUUCUGGAGGACGCAUGGCUCUCAACCUUCGCCUCUCCCAAGUCCAUACGGGGGUUGCAGCAAUGGGACAAGACUGUAACUACUACCAAUUGGGGAGAAAAAGGGGUAAAAAUGACAAAAAAAGUAUAAUUAUAAGGCAAAUAUACACUGGAGUUGCUUACCAAGAUGACAUGGGUGGCCUAGUCACAGUUUUGGCUUGAAAAUCUAUGGCAAGACUUGAAAAUGGCUGUCUAGCAAUGAUCAACAACCAACUUGACAGAGCUUGAAGAAUUGUUUUUAAAGAAUAAUGUGCAAAUAUUGUACAAUCCUGGUAUGCAAAGCUCUUAGAGACUUACCCAAAAUGACUCACAGCUGUAAUUGCUGCCAAAGAUGAUUCUAACGUGUAUUGACUCAGUGGUGUGAAUACUUAUGUAAAUUAGAUAUUUCUGUAUUUCAUUUUCAAUAAUAUUUUACAAAAUUCUAAAAACAUGUUUUCACUUUGUCAUUAUGGGUUAUUGUGUAUAGAUUGGUGAGAAAAACAAUCAAUUUAAUCAAUGUUGAAUUCAGGCUGUAACACAACAAAAUGUGGAAUAAGUCAAGGGGUAUGAAUACUUUCUGAAGGCACUGUGAUAAAUAUACAGUAUACAAACAUUCCAUUCCAGCUAAACAAUGGAUGUGUAGAGUUUUGCAAAAAAAAAUGUUUUUUAAUCUAUGAAUACAAAAUCUGAGAACAGUAAUAUUUUACACACACAUGAAGGUACCCAUAAGCAAUCCUUUCUAGUGAAAAAACACAAAUGUGAAAAACUAGUGAAUAUAGUGUUUUGGAAAUAAACUCUUCAUAUAUGCAUAUAUGCAGGCCUAUACAUGUCAAUCAGUCAUUCAGGGUAAAUCUCUCUUUUUGUUUUAGGCCCCCUUUCCUCUGAGGGUGACUAGAGUCCUCACAGCCGUCUUGCCGUCCUCUCUGAUUGCCCGACGCGUUUCUGUCGAGGACCCCCCUCCCGAGCUGGCCACUCCGCUGCCUGAGCAGAUUCCUCCAGGAAGACUGACAGAGCAAAGCAAGAAAAUACUCCAGAAAGCGCCUAGAAGGCAGUUAUUCGAGAUGCCUGAAAAAAAUACCAACUGGUCCCAGGCAGAGAUGAGAGAGAUGACCCAGGUGCAGCCACCAGCUCAACGGUUGGCUAAGGCUCUACAGGAGCUAGCUUCAGAGAGGCAAGAGCAGAACUCCUAUGGGCUCAAUGCAACCAGGGCCCUGCAGAGCCACAAUGUCAGCUCCAGGUCCUCCAGAGAGGACCCCUGGAAAGAGGCGUCCAACACAGAGUCUGCUGUGGAGGCCCUGAGGCCCCAGCAGAGUCGUGACCGGGCCGUUGUGGGCAAUGGGGGUGUGGCCUCUAAUGGAGCCGUGGCCUCUGAUCCCAGGGUAAGAAAGGAGGAUGGGGGUCAUGACACUACAAGAGAAGUGUUGGGAGGAUGUCAGAGGGAGGAAGAGAAGGUGAGAUGAGUACAGUUAAUUUCUUCUCAUCUCUAAUUUCAGUUAUAUAACAUAUUCUACUGAAGGCUUUUUACAAGCUAAUUAGCCAGUGAUCGCCAAUCAACUGUGAUACCACAGGAGGUUAGUGGCACUUGGCACUUAGGAUAGUAUCAAUACAUCAAGCACAUGGUUUCUAGGUGUUUGAUGGCAUUCCAUUCGCUCCAUUCUGGCCAUUAUUAUGAGCCGUCCUCCCCUCAGCAGCCUCCUGUGUGUGACAUUAGGUCAUCCCUAACGACAGUUUCACCUUUUUCUAUUGUACAGUUAAGCAUGCCACAUAUCUCAAAGUCACAAUCUGGAAGAUUUCCUUCUGUUCAACUGCAAUUUCAAGUAAUGAUAUACACCCAUUGAUUCCUAAAGAAUAUAACUUAUGAAUGCCUCAUGAAACACAGACAAAGACUCAGGAUUGUGGCUUUCAUGUCACAGGUUGAGGGACACAACACUCUCCUAACAUCUGCCCCAGACCCUGACCUCUGCCUCACCCCUGAGCAGAGAGAGGCCAAACUGAGACGUGUGGAGAGGAUCACAGAGAGAGUCAUCCGGAGGUGGGGUUCAUUCUGUGUGUGUGUGUGUGUGUGUGUGGGGGGGGGGGGGGGUUUAUCAGUCAGAAAGCUGGUUCAUGAUGAAUCCCUUCAGCUCAGUGUUUCACUAUGUAGAGAGACACUUACUAGAAGGGAUAUCAAUUACUCUAUAUAUUAUACUGUACAUAUAUAUAUUGCAGUGGAGGCUGGUGGGGGCAGCUAUGGGAGGACGGGGUCAUUGUAAUGGCUGCAAUGGAAUACAUGUAACGGUAUUAAACACAUUAAACAUAUGGAUGCCACAUUUGACUCCGUUCCAGCCAUUACAAUGAGCCCGUCCUCCUAUACAGUGGGGAAAAAAAGUAUUUAGUCAGCCACCAAUUGUGCAAGUUCUCCCACUUAAAAAUAUGAGAGAGGCCUGUAAUUUUCAUCAUAGGUACACGUCAACUAAGACAGAGAAAAUGAGGGAAAAAAAUCCCGAAAAUCACAUUGUAGGAUUUUUUAUGAAUUUAUUUGCAAAUUAUGGUGGAAAAUAAGUAUUUGGUCAAUAACAAAAGUUUCUCAAUACUUUGUUAUAUACCCUUUGUUGGCAAUGACACAGGUCAAACGUUUUCUGUAAGUCUUCACAAGGUUUUCACACACUGUUGCUGGUAUUUUGGCCCAUUCCUCCAUGCAGAUCUCCUCUAGAGCAGUGAUGUUUUGGGGCUGUCGCUGGGCAAUACGGACUUUCAACUCCCGCCAAAGAUUUUCUAUGGGGUUGAGAUCUGGAGACUGGCUAGGCCACUCCAGGACCUUGAAAUACUUCUUACGAAGCCACUCCUUCGUUGCCCGGGCGGUGUGUUUGGGAUCACUGUCAUGCUGAAAGACCCAGACUUACAGAAAACGUUUGACCUGUGUCAUUGCCAACAAAGGGUAUAUAACAAAGUAUUGAGAAACUUUUGUUAUUGACCAAAUACUUAUUUUCCACCAUAAUUUGCAAAUAAAUUCAUAAAAAAUCCUACAAUGUGAUUUUCGGGAUUUUUUUCCCUCAUUUUCUCUGUCUUAGUUGACGUGUACCUAUGAUGAAAAUUACAGGCCUCUCUCAUAUUUUCAGUCUUCCCAGCCUGGUGCAGGUCUACAAUUUUGUUUCUGGUGUCCUUUGACAGCUCUUUGGUCUUGGCCAUAGUGGAGUUUGGAGUGUGACUGUUUGAGGUUGUGGACAGGUGUCUUUUAUACUGAUAACAAGUUCAAACAGGUGCCAUUAAUACAGGUAACGAGUGGAGGACAGAGGAGCCUCUUAAAGAAGAAGUUACAGGUCUGUGAGAGCCAGAAAUCUUGCUUGUUUGUAGGUGACCAAAUACUUAUUUUCCACCAUAAUUUGCAAAUAAAUUAAUUAAAAAUCCUACAAUGUGAUUUUCUGGAAAAAAAAUUCUCAUUUUGUCUGUCAUAGUUGACGUGUACCUAUGAUGAAAAUUACAGGCCUCUCUCAUCUUUUUAAGUGGGAGAACUUGCACAAUUGGUGGCUGACUAAAUACUUUUUUUCCCCACUGUAGCUCCUCCCACCAGCCUCCACUGAUAGAUUGUGUAUACCUGUCACUGUGUUGCUAUAUAUUCUUGUCAUGUGUUUUCUUAUGAGCUUGCAUGCAUCUACAAAUCUAGCUUUAAUCUCAGGGCUUUCCUUCCACCUCCUCUUUCUGUCCCUCUGCCUCCCUAUGCCUCUCUCUCAACCCCCCCCCCCCCCCCCCCGCCCCCCUCUCUCUCUCUCCCUCUGCAUCUCCUCCCCUCUCUCACUUAGUGCAGUCAGAGAGAGUGCCGUGGUGCCCGGCCAUCCACUGACCAGGGAGGAGAGACAGGAGCUCCACAACACCCCUUCUACACAGAAGACCUAUGACAAGAUCAGAAAGAGCCGGGAGAUGCCAGGUACUCAUAAUGCUUAAGUACAAACACUCAUGAUGGGUUGAUGUGAUAGUUAUUUUGAGAAAUGUAUGCUGAAAGUUUGCUCUUUCUACUACAUUGCUCUCGGUAACUAUACAGUCUACACUAUACUACAUUCAGAGAAUCACACCAAUUCCAGAAAUGUUUAUUGUUUUUCAGUUUCUGGACCUUAUGAGGAUGUCUGCGGAGGCUGGUGCCAUAGUGACGGGAUGGUUCUACGUAGUUACAGGACAGUAGAACCUCAGACCCCUGGAGAGACACCUCUUUAUGAAGAUGAGGGAAAGGGACUUAUAAAAGUUCAUGAGGGUCAUAUUGGGAACAAAACACAACCCAAAGGUCACGGUGACAGAAAGGGUAUCAUGAAACGUAAAAAUAAGAUCUCCUCGAUAACUGUAUACCAAACUGAUGAAGGCAAGCAAUUCAAGAGGAGGUGUGAGGACAAAGAGAAGGAAGAGGACCAAGAGGCACUCUCAUCCAAUCACAGUGAAAGCAAUUCUCUGUCCACCAAUCUGAAAGCAGAAUGGUUCCUCUCAACCAAUCAGUGGCGAGAGUUCAUACCUUUACGCGACCACGGAAUAGAGUCAUUGUGCCAUGAGGAAACCGUGAAUGUGGACAAUGAUCCAACAUCUCAUGAUGCAGGAACUGAUUCCAAUGGUGACACAUUUUCUGUCAGUGAAAGUUUAGAGAAAAUGUUGGAAAAUCAUUCACUCUUCUAUAAAAUCACAAGUGACAUCAAUCUGUCAGACACGGACAUUACAAUGACUGAUGGCCAAUCAGUAUCCAAUCAGGGAGAAGAGAUGGAGGGGGCAACCAAUGAGAUUUCAACAGCAGAUGAAGUGACCUACACAGUGGUAAGUCAUGGUACAGCCACAGACGAUAGUGGAGACAUCACUACAACCAAUGAGCAGCAAGACUUAACAUCUAAGGACCGGAACAGACAACUAACACUAUCUGCUAAUCAAACAUCAUGCGUCUCUACCAAACCAGGACAUGACCUAUGCAUCUAUGAAGAGAUACCGGACAAUGACUUUUUGCCCAAAGCAACAGAGGAACCAAGUCAGGAGAGUCAAGGGAAAAUCAUGGAAAGUCAGGAAUCGAGGAAACCUAAUCCCGAAUCGUCUAAUCAUCCUGAAUCAGAACAGGCUCCCUUUAUAGAUAUGUGUGGAAGGGCAGAAACAGGAGAAGGGAAUUGUGGAACAGUUGAGACAGUAGAUAUGAAGGUACAACAGGAGGGAACUGCAGAGUUGAACAUGGCCAAUAGCAGUUUAGGUGGAGAGAGAAAAGACGCGGUCCAAAAAAGCGGUAGCCUAUCCAAAACCAAUUCACUAGGCCUAUACGAGGGUGGAAGGGUGGAUCGAAGUGCCUUAUUUGGAAGAGGGAGAGUAACAGUACUGCGGACAAGUUUAUAGAGGGACUACAAAAAUGGAGGAUGACAAGG